CCUGUCAGGCGGCUGCGCUCCACCGCAGUGCACUUCAGCUGAACCCCUGCGCGCGCGCUUAGCUCGGGCACCGGCAGUGCGCGCGCAUUCGGUGCUGUCAGGCGGAGAACCAGCACACCCCUAUAUGUCCUCCAAAGCCAGGCUGUCCAAAUACCAUAAAAGGGUGUCGGUGCCCGAGGAUGACGAUGAGCAUUGCUGGAAAGAGGAGAACGGCGGUGUGGAUGCACGUUACUUGAAAUCCGUGAAGAGUCCCAGAGACGCGCAGCACUACUACCGCCAGAACAUGAAAACACUGGACUCUUUUCCGGCACGGAGGAUGACCCUGCAGCGUGAGAAGGGACGUCGGCAGGCAGUUCGUGGCCCUGCGUUCAUGUUUAAUGCGCGUGGAAGCAACCUGACAGCCGAGGAGGAGCGCUUCCUUGAUGCGGCUGAGUACGGCAACAUCCCGGUAGUGCGUAAGAUGCUGGAGGAGUCACCCACCCUUAACGUGAACUGUGUGGACUACAUGGGCCAAAAUGGGCUGCAGUUGGCCGUAGGAAACGAGCACCUGGAAGUGACUGAGCUGCUCUUGCGGAGCGAGAACCUGGCACGUGUUGGCGAUGCCCUCCUGCUGGCCAUCUCCAAGGGCUAUGUGCGCAUCGUGGAGGCACUGCUGGGCCACCCGUCUUUUGCUGGUGGAGAGAGGCUCACGUGCAGCCCAUGCGAGCUGCAGGACGACGACUUUUAUUCAUAUGACGAAGACGGCACUCGCUUCUCGCCGGACAUCACAGCCAUCAUCCUAGCUGCCCACUGCCACAAGUACGACGUGGUGCACAUGCUGCUGCUGAAAGGGGCGCGCAUCGAGCGGCCGCACGACUACUUCUGCAAGUGCGCCGACUGUACUGAAAAACACAGGAAAGACUCGUUCAGUCACUCCAGGUCCAGAAUCAACGCAUACCGCGGUCUGGCCAGCCCGGCGUACCUCUCACUCUCCAGUGAAGACCCUGUUCUUACCGCCCUGGAGCUCAGCAACGAGCUAGCCAAACUGGCCAACAUCGAGAAGGAGUUUAAGAAUGACUACAGGAAAUUGUCUAUGCAGUGUAAGGACUUUGUGGUGGGUGUGCUCGACCUGUGCAGGGACACAGAAGAGGUGGAGGCUAUCCUGAAUGGAGAUGUAUCAGCUGAGCUGGAAGCCGGCCAACAUCAUCGCUCUCUCCUCAGCAGAGUCAAACUGGCUAUCAAAUAUGAAGUCAAGAAGUUUGUGGCUCAUCCUAACUGUCAGCAACAGUUAUUGACUAUCUGGUAUGAGAACCUGUCUGGUCUGAGAGAGCAGCCCAUCGCUGUGAAGUGUCUGGUGGUACUGGUGGCAGCUUUAGGCCUCCCACUGCUGGCUGUGGGGUAUUGGUUCGCUCCAUGCAGCAAGCUGGGUAAAGUCCUACGCAGUCCCUUCAUGAAGUUUGUGGCACAUGCUGCUUCCUUCAUCAUCUUCCUCUGCCUGCUGGUCUUUAAUGCGUCUGACCGGUUUGAGGGCAUUACAACUCUGCCCAAUGUCACGGUUACAGACUACCCACUGCAGAUCUUCAGAGUGAAGACCACCCGCUUCUCAUGGACCGAGAUCCUCAUCAUGGUGUGGGUGGCAGGCAUGAUGUGGUCGGAGUGUAAGGAGCUUUGGACAGAAGGGCCAAGGGAAUACAUCCUGCAGCUGUGGAAUGUUCUGGACUUUGGCAUGCUGUCCAUCUUCAUCGCAGCAUUCACCGCCCGGUUCUUUGCCUUCCUGCAGGCCAUGAAAGCGCAGGAGUAUGUGGACGAGAACGUCCAUGCCGCUGACCUCUCAAUGGUCACACUACCACCCAACAUCAAAUACUUUACCUACGCACGAGAUAAGUGGCUUCCCUCAGACCCUCAGCUCAUCUCAGAGGGCCUGUACGCCAUCGCUGUUGUCCUGAGCUUCUCACGCAUUGCCUACAUUCUCCCAGCCAAUGAGAGCUUCGGCCCUCUGCAGAUCUCUUUGGGACGCACUGUGAAGGACAUCUUCAAGUUCAUGGUUCUCUUCAUCAUGGUCUUCCUUGCAUUUAUGAUCGGAAUGUUCAUCCUCUACUCCUACUACCUGGGAGCUAAGGUUAACUCUGCCUUUACCACAGUUGAGGAAAGCUUUAAAACUUUGUUUUGGUCCAUAUUUGGUUUGUCUGAAGUCUCCUCCGUGGUCCUGAAGUACGACCAUAAGUUCAUUGAGAACAUCGGCUACGUCCUGUACGGGAUAUAUAACGUAACUAUGGUGGUGGUUCUACUGAACAUGCUCAUCGCUAUGAUCAACAGCUCCUACCAGGAGAUAGAGGAUGACUCAGAUGUGGAGUGGAAGUUUGCCAGGUCGAAACUAUGGCUGUCGUAUUUCGAUAAUGGUAAAACCCUGCCGCCUCCCUUCAGCAUUGUUCCCAGCCCCAAGUCCUUCGUCCACUGCAUCAGCAAGCUCAUCAGCCUGUUGCGUUGUAGACGGCGACAGCUCACCAAAGACGUGGAGCUCGGCAUGGAGAACUCCAAGUCUAGACUAAACUUGUUUGCGCAGUCCAACAUUACCAUGAGUGAGUCGCACAGCUUCAACAGCAUCCUCAACCAGCCCACGCGCUACCAGCAAAUUAUGAAGCGUCUGAUAAAGCGAUAUGUCCUGAAAGCACAAGUGGACAAAGAGAAUGAUGAAGUGAAUGAAGGCGAGUUGAAAGAGAUCAAGCAGGACAUUUCUAGUCUGCGCUACGAGCUGCUGGAGGACAAAUCCCAGGCCACAGAGGAGCUUUCAACGCUUAUUCAAAAACUCAGUGAAAAAAUUCAGACCUCGUAGUCUUACCCGGGACAGUGAGCGUUUCUCUCGAAACAGCCGGGACGCCGCAGAUCAUCGCGCCCUUAGAUGAGAUGAUUAGCUCAGUUGCGGUUAGUUGCCAGUGGAAUGUAGAUCAACUUUUUGUUGACACCUGCCACAACAAGCCGGGUGUCUUAAUGCAUCAGGGUGAUGAUUCAGCAUGAUUUUGCUGAAAAGUUCUCUCUUACACACACACGUACGUAAAACCAUUCUAUCUAUCACUAUGCCCAUCAAUUUAUCUUUCAAUAUUUCCAUCGAUAAAUAAAACCACUGGUUUAUUUAUUGCAGGGGUUCUCAAAAUCAAAUGUGUGUUAAUCUGAUUUAAAACUUUGUAUUCUGAAUUUCUUUUGUGUAAUAUGAACAUCGCUCUAAUUAUAAAAUCACAGCCAUAUGAAGAUUGUGAGAUUUCAGCAAUAAACAUGGGACAUAUACAUCCAUUAAUUCCAUCACAACAAUAAAUGUUCAGACAAAAAACAUAUACUGAAUGGGAAAUAAUAUUAAAUAUGAAAUCCUAAAUUAUAAAUCUAGAAAAUAUAUUAACAAAUAAUUAUUAAUUAAGAAAAAAUGAAAGAAAAAAGAAAGAAAGAAAGAAAGAAAGAAAGAAAGAAAGAAAGAAAGAAAGAAAGAAAGAAAGAAAGAAAGAAAGAAAGAAAGAAAGAAAGUCAGUCAGUGUUUGGGUGUGCAGGGAAAAAAUUACCCCUCUGAGACCCCCUGAUUUUGUGAUUUAUUGAUAAAUGUAAUAAUAGACAUACAGUAUAUUUAAUUUUGCAUGUACACCGACGUUCACAUAUUUUUGAACGCUCUCUAAUAACAUUUUGGACUUUGGUGGAACUAAAAUUAUUUUAGGGCUAGAAAAUCUUAGUAAGGAAAUCUAUUUAAGUGAAAUAAGAAAUAGUUAUUUUGCUAACAUCUUGGUGACAAGGCAUUUUAUGGAAGACUAGUAUUUUAAAUUUAUUCAUCUGUUCAUGAAUGUAUUUAUUUAUAAAUUUAUUUAUUGUGAAGUAUAGAUUCUCAGUGAUACACUGUGAGGUUUUCAGCACACCAGGACACCUGCAAACAUUCCCUACGUCACUUAUUUCAUCUACCAGACCUAGACAUCUAUUUUCUUCAGACAUUCAAGUACAACCAGCAUACCGAAAGCACAGAUUAAAAUCUGCACGCUAACUCACAAAACAGUCUGUUUCUUCCUCUUUCUGUUUGUUUAGUGCACUCAGUGUGCAGCGCUGCUUUAUUCUGUCUUGCACUAACACACCAGAUCUGUUUAAUCUGCUCACUAACAGGCACUUCCUGUUUCAACGUGGGUGUGUUUAAGCAGGAAAAUCAGCCAAAUCUACAGUGCAGGAGUAGAAGGAAACUGGAAAGUAUUGGUAGAAUCUAUAGCACCAUUCAAGGUGAGGAUGUUAAUGAAAUUAAUAAUAUUAAUUACAAAAAAAAGUCUGAAAGCAGAUUGUGGUUUGAGCCACAAAUAAAAACAUAGAUUCAGGAGUUUAUUGUCAUAUACACCAGUCUUUGACACUACAGUGAAAUUCUGAAUUUCUCUGCGAAUCCCUCACAGUCGCAAUGUACAUACAGAUUCUUACUCCAUUGGUAACAAAGCUAAGUAACUGACAAUUGUAUUUAUGGAUGUUUCAAUGUUUGUAUUAUGAAUGUGUAAAAUAAAGAUUAAUGCGGAAAAGCAAAUAUUCAUAUUAAUACUUAUGCCUGGAGUUUAGAAAUGUAUUGACAUAUAGGUGCAUGCUGCAAUUGAAAUGUUUGCAGACUUUGGGGAUGUUUUUUUUUUUUUUAGUCAUGAAAUAUAACAGACAGUGCAAGUGGAUUUUAUUCGUUUUAAUUCGGUACUUGGUUAACUUUAUACUACACCAUUUAUUAAUACUGAUACUUAAUACUCCCUGGUUUGUGAAUGCAAUGCCAUUAUUACAAGUAACAAAACUAUUCUAAUUAUUCACGUUCAUAUUCUGUAAGAUUGGUUAUUUAUCAGAUUUGAACAAUUUUCUAGUUGAAAUAAUAAUAAUAAACAAUGAAUACACAUUUUAGACCACCCUGGUAGCUAAUCAUCUACAUGAUCUCCCUGACAUUUUUGUUAAAACUUGUUUUCCUACACUGCCUUCUUUAGAUCAGAUAUUGGGAGAAUGAGAAGGCCAGGGCAAACAAAUUGUUCUGCCUAAUUUGUAUCAGUUAUUGUAACAUGAAAGUGCAAAACUCACUUACUACCCAAUUCAAAACAAAGGCAAUUCUGGAAAGGCAACAAAAAAAAACAACUGGAAACAAGAAAACGUGACAGUAAAUCAGACAAACAAUCCGAAAAUCUAACAACAUGAGAGGAAAAAUGAAUGAAUGAAUAAAUAAAUAAUUAAAUAAUUACAAAAUAAAUAAAUAACAAAUUUCUAAAACUAAAUUGCAAAAACAAACCCAAAACAGAAAGAGUUCAGACUUUUGCAUAAUGCAUAAUGUUGACUGGCUACAGCAGGCAAUUUGCCUUAAAAACAGAAAGAUUGAUGCUAUUUAAGAAAAAAUGAGUGGAAAAGAGGAAAAAUAAGCCAAGUGUAUGUAAUAUGUUUAAGAUAUUUGUAUAGAUGUGCUGUCAACAUUGCAUGCCAUUAAUAUGAGAAUACAAAUGAUGAAAAUCCCCGUAAAUAAGGCUGGUUUAUUCAGAAUAAAGAACCACUCUUUACCAUAGUAAUAUUAUUCAUUUUGUAUUCAGUUGCCUUAUUCUCAGCUUCCUAAAAACAGAAUGGAGAGUGGAAAUAUAAACCUCUAAUAGCCAUACGCCAUGUCCAAUCAGCAACAAAAAUCUAAUAUCCAAGGAUAUUUAUUUGAAGUCAAUGUUGAUGUGUUUUUUAAAUGUACUGUAGUUUUUUUCUGAUUUGAUUUGUUCCUUUUUGCACUCUGGCACUAUAUAGAAUGUAGAAUCUCUACAUUCCAACUUUCACAUUUUCUUUCAAAUAAUGUUUUGCUUUGUUUGCUGUUGCAAAACUUCUGGAGCUACAACACAAAAAAGCUAAACCGCUAAAGCACUAACCUAGAGCAAGACAACCACAUCCUUAUCAUCACACAGAUUAAUAAAUAAUUUACAGGUUUAUACACGAACGUUAUUUUUUGAGGAAAUAUCAUGUGGAUUAUUUACAAACUUGCUAACUUUCUCUCAACAGACAGGUACAUAAUACAUGUGUUGAUGUAUGUGAAGUUAUAUGAGAAGACAAGAAAAAUAUAUACUGAAAUGAAAAAUUUUAAAUAAGUGCAUGUUAUAAAAUAUGCAUAAUUAUUUUAAUAUAUGUUGAGCCAGGAGCUAUCGAGUGUGACAGCGGAAAACAUUUACGCUAUUGUCUGGAGAUCAUCCAUGCCUAGUUAGACCAGUUCAAGGUUAGAAGUUUAGUGUUUUCAUUUUGCAUAAUUCUGUAAUAUAUCUGUAACUUCAUUAAAAUUUAUACAUUUGUAGUAUGCACAUUUUAGCUUGUCAUUAGAUUAACUUACACACUUGCUCAUUCCG